UCGAAGGCUCGACUGCUCGUGCCGUUCGCAAAAGGCAAAAGCGACGCAGCUUCAGCGGUAGUUCAGCUUGCCAUGGCGCGGCGAGGCCACUCGGCGUGGCUCCCACUCGUGGCGGUGCUCCUGUUCGCGGCCGCCGCGGCGACCACAGAGGGCUGCUGUUCCGGCAAGCUCCCGCCGGGGCGGUCGUUCCAGCGGUGCACCUCCCUGCCGGUGCUCGGCGCCAGCCUGUACUGGACGUACCACCCGCGGAACGGCACCGCCGACGUCGCGUUCCGCGCGCCGCAGAGCAGCGGCGGCUGGGUGGCCUGGGGGAUCAACGGCAACCAGAGCGCCGGCAUGGUCGGCGCCGGCGUAUUCAUCGCCUCGCAGGACGGCGCCGGCGCCGGCGCCGUGGCCGUCCUCACCACCGUCCUGGAGAGCUACAGGCCCAGCCUGACGAACGGGAGCCUCAAGUUCGACGUGCCGGUGCCUCCCGCCGCCGAGUACGUGGACGGCGCGUACACGAUCUACGCGACGGUGGCGCUGCCGAUGAACUCCACGGUGCAGAACACGGUGUGGCAGGCCGGGCCGGGCAGCACGGGGGCGAUCAGGAAGCACGCGACGUCGGGGCAGAACAUGCAGAGCGUGCAGAAGCUCGACUUCUUGGCCGGCGAGACCAUCGGGGCCUCCAACUCCACGACGCCGUAAUCUGCAUGUAAUCAGAUACGUCAGUGUCAGUGUCAGUAUCAGUGUUCAGUUUGCAUUGUAUGUCUGGAUUGAUUCUGGAAUA